GAUUCAGCGCGUGGGCGUACAGUAAUUCAUCCGUAUUAAAGACGGCUGACACGGAAUAAGGCCAGUCGUAAGUACCGAGGAUAAUGCGGACUAUUCAGAUCCCAAUGGAUUCUACUAUAUACACACACAGAACUUCUCAGCAUACAUCAUGGCCCGCUACGGCCAAAGUGUGCUCUACUAUUAUGAAGGACAGUCGAUUCCAGCCUUCCUCGACAGCGCAAAACUGAUUGAUGAAGAGUCAGGCUGGAUGCCUCGAAGGUAGUCCCAACUCCUCGUAUUUACUCUUCAAAGGGCUGUACGUCGAAAGAAACUAGAAUUGAGGUUCCCGCCCUCAAUCAGUCACCGAACAUAUGGUUGGUCCACAGCGGUUCAUGAAGCAGUAAUUUUUCAGGGAUGCGCCAUCCGAGCGAGCGACAUGCGAUUCAUCGCUGGGGCGUGACUUGAACUAAUUUACGCUACGUCGCGACAUGCAACAGCUGCCGAGGUCCUAUUGUUUCCCAUAGUCUUAGUAGGAAAUCGCACCUUCAUGGGGAUAUGUACAUAUGAAGGCUUGGCAAUUUCAACGUUCCAUUGUUCCAACCUCCGAACCAAGACAAUAGAAGGACAUCGGAUCGACGGACACCACAUGGACGUGCAGGCUCGGACCGAAAUUUUGUCGCGUUUUCCAACAAGUCUGUCUAAACCGAGUAAAUCGAUUCAGUAUUCCUUGCCAUUCCCCAAUUCGACUUCAUUUUCACUGCACAUUUGGUCAUCGAAUGAGGCUCCAGCCUUAACGCGUCCCCUUCGGCACAUCGAUUGUGACAUUCAGCUCCGAGAUAUGGCCCAGCUCCAGGUUCCUAACACCCUUUUCAUGUGGGCUGCUCGUCAUCAAGUAGUAGCGUUGGACACUCCCAUUCUGGAUUGUACACACACAUCGACACUCCAUGGGCAGGGCGCGCAGCCGGAUCUUGUGGUGCCAGCGAUUCCUCCAGAGCGGUCCAAUACUGUCAAUCCAGCCUACCCUUAUCACUGGGUGCUUCCGCAGAACGUAGUUCAUUGGGGACUCACUCUUGCGACAAUUCAUAAUGAAUUUCCUCAGACUUGGAAUCUACCUUAUCCCCAUGUUGCCGGUGUUAAUCCUCAGUUCCUUCCUAUCCAGAACAUUGAACCGCAACGGCUCUUCUAUCAUGAGGCUGGCGUCACUAACUCCCUGUCAUACAUCGUAUUUGCCGAUUUAAGCCGCGUGUUGGGUUACAUCUUCUAUGGCAGCACUCCUGCGAACCAGCCACCACCGACCCUACGUGACCAGCAGACAACUGCGGUAACCACAGACAGUGGUAGCGGUUGUGAUUAUGGACGAAAGUUAUUUCUUCCUGACCGGGCGGUGGUCGAUUCAACGAAGCCGGCCCCACUUCCUGACAUACAACCUGACAGACAAGUUUGCCUCUGCCCCGGCGAUAUCAAGCCUAGCUACAAAUUUGAGGCUUCGUGGUAUUAUAUUUUCGCUCGGACUAAUCCGCUGAGGGACAUGGAGAAGGUGUGCAUAGAGUUCAGGAAGGUCAUUGCGCAGAUUGCCUUCUAUAUGGUCGAAUGUGCCGGCGAGAAUGGGCCUGGGGAGAGGUGGUUGAGUGCUCGAUAUGGGUACAUCAUCACUAAUAACGAAGUAAUGCUCCUGGAACGAACCCCGACACCCCAGAAUCAGAGGUUGAUCCGUGUCUCUGACGGGUUCCCACUGAGAGGCCAGGCCAGCCGUGCCAACGCCUUAUUUUGAAACCGUCUGUAAAUCGCUCAGAGAAACAAGUAGCGACGUAAUGACGAGCCCCACACAUGCGUAUCUUCUGUGGAGCCUCUGAUAGAAGACGUCUAAAGAGUGUAAAUUGUAUAGUACUGUUUAGUGAGCGUCGUAGCAAAUGUGUACCAAUUUCAAUGCUUUUAUAUUAGUACACUUGUAUCCCUUGUCGGGUUGUCGGG